AUGCUCAGGCAGACCACGGCGAACGACGGCACCUCAGUGGUCGCGUCAGCCACCGCGGAGAAACAACCGCGCCGACCUUCCUCCUCGCGGUCUCCAGGCCCCGACGCUGGCCCACGUCACCUCACAGCACCCUCGGCCAAGCCUCCUCGAAUCACGUUCGCCCGCUGUGGUGAACGACCGGGCCCGGUCGUCACACCGGACCCGCGAUGCCACAACGGCGCUUAG